AAACAUGCGUAUCUUUGACCCAGGAACACUUCUAAGCCCAUUUCCUAAAGAAAUCAGUGGUUAACUCUCACAGUGCAUGUACGAGGAUAUUUAUAAUAGUGACACAUUGUAAGCAAUCUAGAUGCCAAUAGAUGACAGCAGAGAGCUGUUUACACUUCAACGAUGCCUCCAUACAAUGGAAUACAGGUGUUAAAAAUAAUUGUGUAGAUACCCACAAACACAAAAAUAUGUCCAUGUUAUGAAAAAGUAAGACUCUUAAGCAGUAUGAAUUUUUUUUUAAUAAAUUGGUUACUUGUAGCAAAAGCUGGAGGACAUACCUUAAAAUGUUUAGUGUUCAUUCCUGGGGAAUAUGGCUGUGCGUGUUUUUCAUUUUCUCCUGUUACACCUUUACAUGAUGUCUUACUGUUUUACCAUUAGAAAAAACAGUGAAGCUAUUUUCAGCUUGAAACAAACAAACAGAAAAAAAUGUAGAUAAAGGCAAUUGGGGCUUAGGUGACUGAAAGUGAGUACGCGAAUCAGGCCCGGCCUCCCCAGACCCCGUGCGUUGGGCCUGUCACCCGACACUCAAGUCGCUAUCACGAGCACUUUUCUCUGUUGAAGUGACUGGCUUUUGUCCCGCCAACCCCAGGUUAUAAUGGGAGAGGAAAAUAGGCCUCAGGGCAGUCGGCGGCAGCCCCAACCCGCAGUGGGCCCCGUCGGUGAGUCGGUGAGUCGGUGGGCUGGGGCUCACCCUGCCUCCGGCCUCUUCAUGGGGAACACCAUCAGGGCCCUGGUGGCCUUCAUCCCUGCUGACUGCUGCCAGAACUACGUGGUCAGAGAUCUCCGGGAGAUGCCCGUGGACAAGAUGGUAGAUCUGAGUGGGACCCAGCUACGCCAUUUCCCCGGGCACGUGUGCUCCUUCCGGGAGCUGGUCAAGCUCUACCUGAGUGACAACCACCUCAACAGCCUGCCUCCUGAGCUGGGGCAGCUGCAGAAUCUGCAGAUCCUGGCCCUGGAUUUCAACAACUUCAAGGCUCUGCCCCAGGUGGUGUGUACUUUGAAACAGCUCUGCAUCCUCUACUUGGGUAACAACAAACUUUGCGACCUCCCCAGUGAGCUGAGCCUGCUCCAGAAUCUCCGGACCCUGUGGGUCGAGGCCAACUGCCUCACCCAGCUGCCGGAGGUGGUCUGCGAGCUAAGUCUCCUAAAGACUCUGCAUGCCGGCUCCAAUUCUCUGCGUCUACUGCCAGGCCAGCUCCAGCACCUCCGAGAGCUGCGGACCAUCUGGCUCUCAGGCAACCUGCUGACUGACUUCCCCCCCGUGCUGCUGCACAUGCCCUUCCUGGAGGUGAUCGACGUGGACAGGAACAGCAUCCGUUACUUCCCCAGCCUGGCCCACCUGUCGAGUCUGAAGCUGGUCAUCUAUGACCACAAUCCCUGCAGGAACGCACCCAAGGUGGCCAAAGGCGUGCGCCGCGUGGGAAGAUGGGCAGAGGAGACGCCAGAGCCUGACCCCAGAAAAGCCAGACGCUACGCCUUGGCCAGGGAGGAAAGUCAGGAGGGAGAGGGGCUUGUCCUGCCUCCUCUACUUCUUCCUCCCAACUCCUGAGGAGCUUCAGUCGUAGGUCAACGCCAAGGAUCCGACUCCAGCAUCUUCUGAUCUCUCCUUUAGAGGGUACAGGAUUGCUCUGGGACACACGGGAUGCUCUGCCAGUGGGGAGUGAUGGAAGUCCAAAGAAUCGCCUCACUCACAUUAAGGGAGAAUUUCUGGCCAACAUUUCUCCCAAAGUGAAGUUGGGUGCUAUGGCCGGCCUCACUCUCUGCAAGCAAAUCAGCUCCUCCAAAUAGGUAUUUUGCAACAUUGAAGAGUACGAAGGGCUAGGACGUUCUGUCCUUCUCUACUCCACAAGCGGCUGGUCAGGAUGCUCACGAACUCCUCAAAUAAGGUAUUUACUAAAGAAUUCACCUGAGAGUUCAGGUGGCCUGGCUCCAGCCCUUUGCAGGAUAUAUUUUACUAGGAAUGACCUUAAGUGAUAUGAAAAUAGGGACAAAUUCAGGCCACUUACAAAAGACAUUUCUACCUAGUCAGUCAGACUCUCAGACUCCGUGCUGUUGCAAAGGCUCAAGAUGAAGCUUUUCCCCUGCAGUUGAGUGAAUGCUGAGAGGACCUCUGAU